CGGGCGGUGAUUGGCGGCGGGGCCGGGGCCGGGGCCGGGGUUGCCGGUACCGCCGGGUCCCGCCGGUCGCACCGGGCGCGAUGCGGCUGCUGCGGUGUCUCGGGCGCCGCGCGGCGCUCUCCGGCGUCCCCACCUACAUCGAGCACUUCAGCAAGUUCUCGCCCUCGCCGCUCUCCAUGAAGCAGUUCCUCGAUUUCGGCUCCAGCAAUGCCUGUGAGAAGACCGCCUUCGCCUUCCUGCGGCAGGAGCUGCCUGUCCGCCUCUCCAACAUCAUGAAGGAGAUCAACCUGCUGCCGGACCGUGUCCUGCGCACCCCCUCGGUGCAGCUGGUGCAGAGCUGGUAUGUCCAGAGCCUGCUGGACAUCAUGGAGUUCCUGGACAGGGACCCCGAGGACCAGGCCACCCUGGGGCAGUUCACAAACGCCCUGGUCACCAUCCGCAACCGGCACAACGACGUGGUGCCCACCAUGGCGCAGGGGGUCAUUGAGUACAAGGAGGCCUACGGGAACGACCCCGUCUCCAACCAGAACAUCCAGUACUUCCUCGACCGCUUCUACCUGAGCCGCAUCUCCAUCCGCAUGCUCAUCAACCAGCACACACUGCUCUUCGAUGGCAGCACCAACCCCGCGCACCCCAAGCACAUCGGGAGCAUCGACCCCCAUUGCAGCGUGGCCGAUGUGGUGAGAGAUGCCUACAACAUGGCCAAGCUCCUGUGUGACAAGUACUACAUGUCCUCUCCCGACCUGGAGAUCGAGGAAGUGAACGCCAGCAAUGCCCAGCAGCCCAUUAGCAUUGUCUACGUCCCUUCGCAUCUCUACCACAUGCUCUUUGAGCUCUUCAAGAAUGCCAUGAGAGCCACGGUGGAGAGCCACGAGAACAGCCCGCGGCUGCCGGCCAUCAAGGUGAUGGUGGCCCUGGGCCAGGAAGACCUCUCCAUCAAGAUGAGUGACCGGGGCAUGGGCGUCCCGCUGCGGAAGAUCGAGCGGCUCUUCAGCUACAUGUACUCCACUGCUCCCACCCCGCAGCUGGGCACCGGGGGUGCCCCCCUAGCUGGAUUUGGCUACGGCUUGCCCAUCUCCCGCCUCUAUGCCAAGUACUUCCAGGGGGAUCUGCAGCUCUUCUCCAUGGAGGGCUUCGGCACUGAUGCCGUCAUCUACCUAAAGGCCCUGUCCACGGACUCGGUGGAGCGGUUGCCGGUCUAUAACAAGUCGGCGUGGCGGCACUACCAGCCCAGCCAGGAGGCAGGGGACUGGUCCGUACCCAGCACCGAGCCCAAGAACACCUCCACCUACCGCGUCCCCUAGGCCCCUCCCUGGGGGCUCGCUGCCCCCCCAGGCUGUAGAUAGCCCCUCACCCAACUGCCAGGGACCCCCCUGGUUGUCCCCCAUCACCCUGAGGUGGUGUUUUAGCAUCCCAGUUCUGCCUCCCCCUGCGGUGGGAGCGUCUGAAAUGUGGGGUGAGGGAUCCUAGUACCCCCCCCCCCGCCUUGGUGGCACUUAGGUACAUAGCUAGGGAUGGCACUGGAGCAGCAUGGAGGGGGUAGCGCUCCUGUUGCCCCCCCCCACACACACCUUGGCACCCACCCCAGGGGCAACAAGGGACUGGUCUUUUCCCAGUAUGACCAGUAGUACCUCCCUGCCCGUCCACCCCUGACUGGGUGGGGGGACUGAGCCUGACCCCCCCCCCACUCCCAGCUCCCAGCCCUGGUAUUGCACUACUGAGCUUCCCUCAUCCACGCGUGCCCCCCCGCACCCCCGUGUGGGUUCCCCCCCCGACUCCAAGCUCCUGGGGCCCCCACCACCCGCUGUCAGUAAAUUGGAUGUUCACUGAGCUCCCAGUGUGGUGUUUUGGGGUGUCCCCCCCUGUGCACCACCCUUGAUCCCUUCCCACCCCCCGCCCCGUGCCUCAGUUUCCCCACCGAGGCUGGGGAGGAGGCUCCGCUGUCGCACUCCCUGGGCCUGGGCUGGUGCCGGGGUUGCGGGAGCAGCCUGGGCCGAGCCGGCUCCUCGCUGCUGUGUUUGGCCAUCUCUUACCCCGGCGCUACCGGAGCCGCCUCGCUCCCCGGCGCCGGGCCCAGACACCUCCCAGGAUCCGCGAGGUUCCCCCUGGCGGCUGCGAGCGGUACCGCGCCCCGGGGCCAUUGUACCCUCGGGGGUGCUCGGCACGGACCCGACCGACCAAUCAGAGGCUGCCGGAGAGGGGGGGAGCGGAGGAACAGCCAAUGGCGAGGAGGGGCGGGAGCGGGGCCACCAGAGCUCUGUGAGUGCAGCGUCCAGGUCCUGCUGGUAAGUGUGAGGUGCCGGCACAGAACGCGGGUGCUGGGCAUCUGCCGAGCUCUGCAACGGCGCCACCAACACGGCGAUCCGCCACCUAAAACUCCAUCUGCCCUGUGCCGGGGGUCCCAUGUGUGAUGGUGGGGCUCUGGGGAGGUCCCGCCGCCCCUAUCCCCCGCGGUGGGGGUACAGACCCUUCACAGGAGCCAGUUGCUAGCAAUAAGAACUGCUUCUGCUGAGCCUGUCCCCGGAGCAGCUCGGCCCUUUGGGGCUGCUGCAGCGAAGGGGAUGAUGGGGUGGUCCUGGGGGCCGGGGUGAGAUCUCCCACCCCUGGCUGGCCCUGACCAGCAGCUGGGCUGACUUUGAAAGGGGAUGGUGGGUUUGGACUCUUUCCUGUGCAUGGAGUAGCAGCAGCAGCACCCCUGGCUCGGGGGUCACCUGCGGUGGGUGUUUCUCGGUGUGUAGCUGCUGCUCCCGCAGCUGCAUCCCUCACCCCAAGCCCUGUCUCUAUCAAAUAAAUGCGAAGUCACCAA